AUGGUUGUGCCGGUCCUGGUAUAUGGCUGUGAAACGUGGAAAAUGAAUAAAGGAGAUAGAAAAAUGAUAGACGUCUUCAACAACAAAUGUCUUCGAAGGAUAAUGAAAGUGCGGUGGGAAGACCAUGUGUCUACAGAGGAACUCUUGAAGCAGGCAAACUGCAGAUCGCUAAGCAGCGACGUGAAGCAGAGGAAAUGGAAGAUGAUUGGACACAUUUUACGGCAAGACAGAUAUAAUCUCAUGAAUGUGGUUAUGACCUGGGCACCAGAAGGGAAACGCCAAAAACAACAUGGCGCAGGACAGUGGAGAAAGAAAGGAUCGAGGCUGGAUGGAGAUCAUGAGACGAGGCGAGAGUGACUGCUGUGGACAGGACGAAAUGGAGGAAAGCUGCUGAGGCCUUAUGUGCCACCUAGGGCGCGAAGGAGACAGGUAACAGGUAACAGGUAACAUGUAAAUGUGUCAAUCAUCAUCAUUAAUUAUUACAAAAUGCAAAGUGGGCGGAAGGCGAUUUUGACAACAUUUUCAUCAGACCUACUUGUCGCCCUUUCCGUCGACCCGCGAAUUUUAGGGCGGGCGAAACGUAGAUCUGUUUAGAAGCUAAAUAUAGGCCAAACGUAUGGCAAUUUCCCUGCACUUUGGCGUUAAUGGAACAAUUUUUAUUCACGAGUCUAAUCAGGUUAAAGGCCCUAGAUCGUGAUUAAAUUAGGCCCCAGUUACACGAUACCGAAUUCGCAUCGGAGCGACAUCAAAUGUUAUUGCUUCGAGGUGAAUUUGACACUUAAAAUUAUAAUCGAUAAUAUAACAUAAUUAAACAAAAGGUUCAAAUAUAAAAAGUUGUAAAAGUAGAGAAGACUGGAUGAACAGACUAAAUUGAUGUCGCUCCGAUAGCUACGAAUCCGGUAUCGUGCAACUGGGGCCUAAAUAGCUACGAAAUCUUCUUGUUGCUGUGCAAGGAGCGCCUAAACCCUAAGCGUGAACGCGAUUCAUUGGACUCCUGUGGAGGUCAAAAGAGUCCAUUAGACUGUCCGUUACGUACUCGUUCGGUCAUUCCUACAACUGAUCAUACCCAAUCACACGAUCUAUUUCACACAGAAUGCGUACGGCAGUUCUUCACUGGCAGCAACCUUGGUGUUUCAUAACUCUACGUUCGAUCGUGAAGCGAUCGAAGUCUUGGAGAUCGUGGCUUCAGCACGGCUCUUAGUGUUGGCAGUAGAAUCAUCUUGCUGGCUGUGAAUUUGUCGUUGUUAAAUCUUGUUCGGGAGGCUGUACCGCAUGGCGAACUUGUGCAGCCAUAUAUGUUGAAAGUAUGCGAGGACUCGCUGCAUGCGGCGCAGGACCCGCUUUGCAUGUGAUACCAUUUCUCACGUGUAAGCGUCCUGUUGCCAACUGACACUCUUACAUAAUUAGUUUAGUCUUUUUUAAUACUAAUGACGUCAUCAUGAGGGAUCAUGAAUAUUCAAUGAUGUUUGAAUACCUACAACUUACAAUGUCAUUGCAUACACAUAAUUAAUUGUUUAAAAUCCCAAAAUCACAAUAACGGUGUACUAUUUAUAUACCUGACGAUAAUACAAUUUGCUUUAAAAUAUCUGUCAAUAGGAGAUUUUUGCACUUAAUCGACUCUAAAAGGAAACGCAUGAGGUUUGCCCGUUUCGGUUAUUUUCUGUUUGGUUGCAAAUGCACGCGAUCUAGGCAAAAACUAUACUUUUUCAAGUUAUCAUAUAUACUAUAUACUCCAGCCAGAUAUACCCGCUUUCAUGCAUGUACAUACCGGUCAGGAAGUGGAAUUUGCAAAAGCAAGCAAUAAUUUGAUUUUCAUCUAUAUCAUAACAAAUGAUCUGCAUAAGUAUAGGUUGCUUUAUAGGUCGAUUUAGGUCGCAUUAGCAAAAUGAUAUUCACUAACAUAACCCGAGCAAUUAGAUCUUGGAUUUUGACGAAAGAAGAUUUCAUUAAUGAAUAUAAUGCAGGUCAACUAUUAGUUAAUUAACAUGCACCGAAGGACGUAAACGAACGUAUAUUCAGUUAUGUAAAUUUGCAAACCUAAGGAAUUGAAUUCUGAUUGGCUCCACAUGUAAUAUGUGUAAAUGAGACCAUAUAUAUAUAUAUAUAUAUAUAUAUAUAUAUAUAUAUAUAUAUAUAUAUAUAUAUAUAUAUAUAUAUAUAUAUAUAUAUAUAUAUAUAUAUAUUGGCUAUAAGAUUUCUUCAGACAUAAAAAUACACAAAGUAUAUUUUCCAAACGUUUCGCCUUUUACGGCUUCUUCAGUGGAAUGUUUUUUACAAUAAUAUUUCCUCCUAUUUAUAUGAAACUAAUUAAAAUACUAAAUUUACAAUGAGUAUGCUGAUGUGUAUAAAAAAUAUGCAAAACAUGCAAUUGAUUUAUUGUCCUAAUGUUAAUAGAUUAAAAUAAUUCAAACAUGCAACUGAUUUAUUGUCCCAUAGUUUAAAGUACUGUACAAUGUUAAUAGAUUAAAAUAGUUCAAACACUAAUUGUUCUACCAGUACAACCGUUCAUCAAGUCUCCAGAAUGUUUUUGUAUUUCAAAUGCUUCGACGUAUUUCCUCUCCCCGUCGUUCACGAUAUUAGCAUGUAAAAUCUUCCACUUUAUUGUAGGUAACUUUGAUUUCUUGUGCGAUUCCAAAUGUUUAUAAAUCGUUUGCUUUUCCAUUGUCAAGUGUUCUUUGAUCCGUGAUCCAAUUGUUCGCCCGGUCUCCCCAAUGUAAACAAUUCCACAUAUUGAACAUUCGAUUUUGUAAACUACAUUCUUCUUAAGGCAAAGGUUCGGUUUAAAAGACAACUUGCACGUUUCACAUUCGCCCUGGCAGUUCUGUUUGGUCUUUGGUGGAGCAAAAACUUUAGAAAGGGGUUGAACGUUGGUAAAAUGUAAUCUUAUAUUCGGUAUUCGUGAUCGCUUUACUACCCUUAUAGGCUGUCGUUUAAAUUCUUCGUUGAUAAAUGGUAGCUUUACAUAGGUAAAUUGCUGUUGUUCUAAUUCCUCCGGUUCGUUAUCUUGCUUGUUAUGCCGUUGUCUGUUUUUAUGAAUCGUUCUUCUAAUUAUGGAUUUAAUGAAUGUUUUGGGAUAUCCAUUGGCAGUGAAUAACUCCGUAAUGAGAUUAAGUGACUUCUUUUGUGUUGUGGAAUCAGUUGAACAAUUAAUAGCCCUGUUUACUUCCCCAGUUACUAUAACUCGUUUAGAGGAUAUUGACCCGUGGCUGUCCCAUGGUGUAAUGCAUUGACUGUGAAUUGGUUUUAUGUAGAAGGUUGUAGUGAAUAUUCGAGUAUCGGGGUUCCAAGUAACGAGGGUAUCCAAAAAAGAUAAUUGGUUGUUAUUUGGCAUUUCAAGUGUGAAUUUGAUUGCACUGUUUAGGUUAUUGGCUAAUGUUAAAAGCUUUUGUCCUGAAAGGUCUAUACAUGACAGGAAAGCAAAAUAAUCGUCGAUAAAUCGCUUGAGAGUGACAAAUCCAUUAGACUUAAGUAAAAUUUGAUUGUCGAGUCGUUCAUAUAUAUAGUCGCUAAAAUGGGGGCCAAGUUGUUCCCAAUAGCCAAACGGCUCAAUAUCCUCUAAACGAGUUAUAGUAACUGGGGAAGUAAACAGGGCUAUUAAUUGUUCAACUGAUUCCACAACACAAAAGAAGUCACUUAAUCUCAUUACGGAGUUAUUCACUGCCAAUGGAUAUCCCAAAACAUUCAUUGAAUCCAUAAUUAGAAGAACGAUUCAUAAAAACAGACAACGGCAUAACAAGCAAGAUAACGAACUAGAACGGAGGAAUUAGAACGACAGCAAUUUACCUAUAUAAAGCUACCAUUUAUCAACGAAGAAUUUAAACGACAGCCUAUAAGGGUAGUAAAGCGAUCACGAAUACCGAAUAUAAGAUUACAUUUUACCAACGGUCAACCCCUUUCUAAAGUUUUUGCUCCACCAAAGACCAAACAGAACUGCCAAGGCGAAUGUGAAACGUGCAAGUUGUCUUCUAAACCGAACCUUUGCCUUAAGAAGAAUGUAGUUUACAAAAUCGAAUGUUCAAUAUGUGGAAUUGUUUACAUUGGGGAGACCGGGCGAACAAUUGGAUCACGGAUCAAAGAACACUUGACAAUGGAAAAGCAAACGGUUUAUAAACAUUUGGAAUCCCACAAGAAAUCAAAGUUACCUCAAUAAAGUGGAAGAUUUUACAUGCUAAUAUCGUGAACGACGGGGAGCGGAAAUACGUCGAAGCAUUUGAAAUACAAAAACAUUCUGGAGACAUGAUGAACGGUUGUACUGGUAGAACAAUUAGUGUUUGAACUAUUUUAAUCUAUUAACAUUGUACAGUACUUUAAACUAUGGGACAAUAAAUCAGUUGCAUGUUUGAAUUCUUUUUAUCUAUUAACAUUAUAUAGUAUUUUAAACUACAGGACAAUAAAUCAAUUGCAUGUUUUGCAUAUUUUUUAUAUACAUUAGCAUACUCAUUGUAAAUUUAGUAUUUUAAUUAGUUUCAUAUAAAUAGGAGGAAAUAUUAUUGUAAAAAACAUUCCACUGAAGAAGCCGUAAAAGGCGAAACGUUUGGAAAAUAUACUUUGUGUAUUUUUAUGUCUGAAGAAAUCUUAUAGCCAAGUUCAUAGACUAUCAUAGACUAUAUAUAUAUAUAUAUAUAUAAAUAUAUAUCUAUGAAUGGGUGUAUAUAUAAUAUAUAUAUAUAUAUAUAUAUAUAUAUAUAUAUAUAUAUAUAUAUAUAUAUAUAUAUAUAUAUAUAUAUUCGGAUUCGCUGGUCACAACAUCUUCUUUUGCCGUUACGGAGCAAUGGUUAGUAUCAAAUGCUUAUUAGUUUGACAGAAUUAGCAUGUUUAUUUGGGUCUCUGAGAUUAAAAAUCUUCACAGCCUUUCGAUACCUACAAAAUUUGACCCACUCCGAUACCAAUCCGGUAUAGUGUAAACGGGGCAAAAGUUUAAAUCGUUAAAUGCAUGCUAAAGUUACCAUCUGCAGUAAACGUAAGAAAUUGAAACUGAAAGGUACAAACUUUUAUAUAAUUGAAGAUUUAACUAAGUUUAAUAUGACUCCAUUUAAAAUCCAUCGGAUAUUUCGAGUUUUAGUUUACUAGGUUAGGGAUGGCAUAUCUUGCGUGCUAGUUUUUCAGGGAAUGCAUGAGCAACACUCCCGAGUUAUAACAUCUCAUGCUUGCAAAUAUCGCGUUUACGUUCCGUACGUAAGGAAUCGUAUGUAAAUCACCAACAUGCCCACGGCAAACUUUCAUGCGAAUAAAUUAUGUCAAACGCUACCAAUCGUUUAGCCAAUAAAUCCCGUUUUCCAUUCACGUAUUUCGCCGCCACUGGCGAAAAAUUUUGACAAAGAAAUAAUUUUAUUACAUUCAUUCGCCGCUGAAGAAAUUUGUUCUUCUGCUACAGUUGCUUAAAAUUUUCAACUUCUGUUUGACCUUUCGUUGACGGCGCGAAAGAACAACAAAUGAACUUUUUCGGUGGAGAAACUUUCGGCGAAAUACGUGAGUGGAAAACGGGCUUAAGAGCUCCCAAUUCUACGGUUGAGAACGGAUUGAGUGCUGUCAGCCAAUAGUGAAAUUUAGUUUUGACGAUUGUUUCGUUCAGUAUAACGAGGCUUUAUGUUCGUUUAUGUGCUUCAGUGCAUGUUAACUAUUAGUUAUCAUGUUAUUAUCAAUCCCGAAAUAUUUUAUACACCCUAUACAUGUAGGCGAAAGCUAAAAGAAGUACGAAGUAGGAACCAAAUUGGCUAUCACUUAGUCUUAGAUUCUACAUUUGGAUAAGUAACUGUACAGUUGAUUAUAUACAGAAUUUUUUCCAUAAUUUUGCAUAUUUCGGAACUGAAUCUAGUUCCUUCGAUAUCAGUGUAUUUUAUGAUAUGAUUAUUUUGUGUGUGUUGGUGUUAUGUACUCAGGUGAAUAUGAGGUUUUUUAUGUAACUCUGAGUGCGCAUCCACACCGGGAAGCUGAAAAGUUAGCUUAACUACGGUGGGAAUCGAACGCGCGACUUUUGGGAUACUAGUUGGCAGAGCAUAAUUGGACUGGUAUCCCAAAGGUCGCGGGUUCGAUUCCCACCUGGGCCAAGCUAACUUUUCAGCUUGCCUGGUGUGGAUGAUCACAAACAUCAUGCUUCAUACCGCUAUUUCAAUUAAGGUUGUCCCCCAAGCAAAGCGGAAAAGUCGAAUCAUUCGACUGAUGAUGUUUGUGAUCAUCCACACCGGGCAAGCUGAAAAGUUAGCAUAGCCCAGGUGGGAAUCGAACCCGCGACCUUUGGGAUACCAGUCCAAUUAUGCUCUGCCAACUAGUAUCCCAAAGGUCGCGUGACGAGCGCAAAAGGAUGCUUGGGAAUUGCUAGCCUGCGUGGCAGGCCUAUAUAAUAUAGGCCUGCAACAAUCUCAAGGAAAUUUGGUACAUCGGGGCCGUGAGCGGACUCAAAAAUUAUAUUGGUUGAAAUCAUAAUGUAUGCCAAAAUACGCAUCAAUCACUGUGGCGCAAUGUUUAUACGCUAUCAAUAAAAGCGUAUAUUAGCGUAUAUUUUUGAAAGAGUGCUGUGAAUUUGGGUUUUAAACUUUAAACUGAACAGCUGGAAAUCGUUGAGAUGUUUUGGUAGGUUUUCUCAUUGGAUAUCUGCCUUGACAAGUCGAAGAGCAUAUAUGGAUACAAACCCAUGCGCGUGUUGGUAUUUCUCUACUAAUGAUACAGUAGCUAUACCCGAUCAAUUUGAAAAUACUGAUUUUGACAAAUUAUGUAUCCUAUUAAAUACAUGUCGCCUUAUGUAUUUAUGAAACUUACUACUCGAUCUACAAACGUUGCUUUUAUCGGUUAUUGUAAGUUUUACAGCAGGCGACAAACUACAGUGCAAUUUAGCUUGUAUUGUGAUAUAUUUUUGUAGUUAAGAGUUUGUUAUUGUCAAUUUGUAAACGUUUAACUGUUCAGCCGUGAGCUGUUGCAAUUUAGAAACAUAUAUUCGCUCAUAUAGCUGGUCAUAAUAUGUAUGAUUUUGAAAUUUGUUGUAAUGUUUGGACCUAAGAUGGUAUUGUCUUCCAUUUAAAUUAAUAUAAUAUAUAUUUUUGGACCACAAUGUAAAAUACUGGUUUACCAGUAAUUUGUGUAAUCCUGUAAAAAAGUUCAUAAAGUUCAUAAGUUCAUAUAAAUCAUAUAUUUGAGUUCCGUUCAUUAUUAAUACGGAAAAUAGUCUGUUGAGUAACGACAUCUAAACUGCAGUAUCAAGUCAAAAUGUUUUGUUCUAGUGAAUUGUAUCACAUACUAAUGUACCAAACGGACAUCGCCGGUGUAAAUUCUGUUUUAUUUAUUCCAAAAGUAAUUUAAACUGCCAAUUUUUUAAAAGUUUGAAUUCUCGAGCCACUCUAUAUGAACUACUAGAAAAUACAUGCAUGCAGAAACCCUCGCCUUGCUGACAAAACCAAUAUUGUAUUUUCCGAACAUGAAGUUCUAAAGUAGUUGUCAUGGUAACACGAUAAUUUUUUAAGAGUAUUCUUACAAAUGAAAAAUCGCCUAAAAAUAUCACAUUUAAUUACAAAAUUAUUAAUUUCCCAACAUAAAUAUAAGUUAGGUAUGUUUUUAUACGUAAUAUAAGCCUCAAUUUAAGGUAAAAUUCAACCACAAACGCUUCGCAAAACGUUUUAAAGUCACUAGUGUUCUUUAUAAAACUAAACUGCCUUUUAAAAUGGCUUUAUCGAUAAACUUUGAGUUAGCAAUAAAAUGAUUUCAAAUUCUGGCUUGCAAAUAACUUAGUGCUUUCUUUUUUAUUUAGAAAUUCAAUAUCAUAAAAAAGGGAAUCAAUAUUAAAGAUACACUAAAAUUAUAUGCUGUUUGUUUAGUUGUUUCAUAUACGCAAAGGCCGUCGGGUUUUAAAGCCAUUAUAAAAUCAAUAUUUAAAACAAACUUACCUUCGUUAACGGCGGCUCCCUUCUUUUAGACGAUUCUUUCGCAGUUUCAUUUUGAGAGAGCUUUUGAAAUUUACAAAAUCUUGAAAAAAUGCGAGCAAAAUGAAAUAUAUUUGCAAGAAAUUUAUCAAUCAUCAAAUCAAGAAAUGUUUGCUAUUUCGCUGUCGUGAUACAUUCGUGCCAGUCGUUAUAAUGCAAAAUUUAAAUUGGACCAAUCAGUGUCCGCUAUUCAUGAAAUCCGCCAUAUUUUUGAGAUCAGUGAGGAUGACCACCCAUCGUUGGUCACCCACGCCCGCGAUAUUUGAUGAACUUUAGACUCCCCUAAUGUUUUCGUUUCCCCGGGUGUAAAUAGCCGGGGGGAAUUAGUACCCUCGCAAGGCGCUUCGCGCCGUCGGCUCGGGGACAAUAGUAAUAAAUUAAAGUACAUUUAUAGUUAUUACUCACACUGCAUCAUGCACACGAAUUUCAGAAAAUAUGAUUGGUUGGAUUGGAAAUAAAUUAUCACAGUAAUUAUUGGGCGGUUAUCAAAUUUCCUUGAGAUUGUUGCAGGCUCUCAUUUACCCACUGAGCCUAUCACGCAGGCUAGCGAAUCACUAAUAAAUGAAUGAAUUUAUUAGCGAUUCUCAGCCGCCUUUCGCGCUCGUAUUCGACUUUUCCGCUUUGCUCGGGGGACAGCCUUAAAUAUUAGCCUGGAACAGGCUCUCAAGCUGAAUCGAGACCAGGCAUCGAUGAUAUACAAUUUUGAAUAUCUGCCCCGUAGCGUUCGUUUUUCCAAAUAUGGAAUUUCUGUCCUUAUAUGGUGUUGUUUACAGCUUUCGUGCAAACUAAAUUUAGACCGUGCAAACUAAAUUUAGACCGUACAGUUUACACUGUUUUCGAAAUAUAAGAUAUUCAAGCAAAAGUUCAAAUGUUUUAAAUACUGUUUUCUCAAAACAGAACAUUUUGUGCUUUGACAAAAGUGCAUAUGACAUGAAAUUUUUUGUUUUCUUAAAUGAAGGAACUCUUUAAGCUGUAAGAUAACUUAUUUUUCAGUUUCUUUGUUUUUAUGGUAUGUUCCCGAGAUAUUUCAGCACUGGUCGGUUGAAAUGACCUUACACCCCCCCCCCCUGAAGAAUUCCCUUGCAAUUUAAUGAAGAAUUCCAUUGCAAUUUAAUACGAUACUUGUUAUUGUUGAGCAAACUGCCAGGCAAACUGUAAACUUCAAGGAUCAAUAUUUUCGAACAAGCCAGCGCGCUCUUCUUUAGUGAUAUACUUGUACAACACGGAUUUUUUAAAGUUGCAUAUUUCCAUAGUCCUAUCGGUUAGUCCACGUUCCGUGGUGCGUCUGGUUAUACGGAAAUCAAGCGACCUGCCUGAAAUUUACAUACAAACGUGCUCCUGCUGAAACCACAACUGACUCGCGUGACGUCACAAAUAAUGCUCGUCCCAGACUUCAAGCAAUUAAAUAUUCCGACGGCCAUGUGCCAAGUAAAAUCGCAAUAUAAGCAGGUUCAAGUGGCUCUAAAAUUUUUCCUUUUUAACCAAAAACAAAUUUUUUUCGCGAAACUACUACACUCAUAGCAUACUUUUAGUCAGCCGAAAGUCAAUUUUGGGGUUACGAGCACUUUAAUCGAAUGCAUUUGUUGUGUUUCUGAGUCUAGUUGAUGCGAUUGCUUUACGUUUUCGUCGUACUUGAACGGUCGUCAGUACUCGCACUGGAUGACAUGGCCAUAUAGGACAUAAAUAACUACAAGGCUAGCCACUUAUAUACUCUCCGACAUCGAGUUCUAUAUCUCGCCUCAAAAUCGUUGCAGAGCAAUAAAUUUCACAUCGCCUAAUAGUAUGAACGUUCCUCUUUCGAAAGAACUUUGUUUGUUCACCAUUGCUGCAAUUCCCGCGACACACGACGAACUUUGUUUGUCUAAAAUUCAAAAUUAAUUAAAUUUUCGACAGAACCGUUCACUACAUGAUCGUUGCCACGAGUGCGGCUCACAACCUGGCCUCAUCGUUCGAAAACACUCCGCCAGGGGGGAAGGAUCUGCACUGGAAUGAGGGAGCUUUCAAAACAACACGAUAAAAAACACGAUAUAAAUAGAAAUGAUUUCUCUAUCAUCCGUAUUCGACAAUAAACAAGUUUCGAAUCAGUCCUAUUUUUAGAAAGCGUGAGAAAAUUAGAAAUAUCUUGUUUAAUAUGAACUUUUCCUUACAUAUUUUUUAGAACAAAAACGUUAUUUACUUAUUAUAUUUUACAUUUAGCUUUUGUCAAUCAUACCAAUCUUUUUAAAGUAUUGAACUUCACUUCGUUCAACCGUAUGUCUUAUUGUUUAUAUCGUGUUUUUUAUCGUGUUGUUUUGAAAGCUGGCCCCCUCAUUCCAGUGCAGAUCCUUCCCCCCUGGCGGAGUGUGUUCGAACGAGGAGGCCAGGUUGCUGAGCCACUCUCGUGGGCCGUGGCAACGACCAUGUACUGAACGGUUCUGUCGAAAAUUUAAUUUUGAGUUUUAGACAAACAAAGUUCGUCGUGUGUCGCGGGAAUUGCCGCAAUGGUGAACAAACCAAGUUCUUUCGAAAGAGGAACGUUCAUAUUAUUAGCUAGGCGAUGUGAAAUUUAUUGCUCUGUGACGAUUUUGAGGCGAGAUAUUGGACUCGAUGUCGGAGAGUAUAUCAGAUAAGUGGCUAGCCUUGUAGUUAUUUAUGUCCUAUAUGGCCAUGUCGUCAAGUGCGAGUACUGACGAAAACGUAAAGCAAUCGCAUUAACUAGACUCAGAAACACAACAAAUGCAUUCUAUUAACAAGUGAAAUAUAUUUUUUACAUAUAUUGUCAAUAUUUUUUGAAUUAUUUUGUUAUUUUAAAAUAUUAUAACGGCUAAAUAUUCAAAAUAUAUAGGACGUUCAGAGAUUGGGCCGCCAGUGGUAAAAACCCGAUAUUUUGAAAAAUUCGAAAUAAAUAUUUGUACUUGUCGUAUUCAAACGAAACUUUCUACAUAAAAGCGCUUGAAUACAACGAAUAUUUCACUGCUAUUGACUUGGGCGAAUGCUGAAGAGUUUAGAAGAUAUUCAAGUUUUUCUCGAUAUGAACUACAAAAUGUUUGGCCAAACGGUGAGUAAAUAUACGAUGUUUCGGUUUUGUGUGUAAUGUUAUGACGGCAUUUGACCCCCCGUUUGAAAGAUUAAUUUACGAGGAUUUCAACGGUGGUUUUCGUUUUAAAUUAAGGGAGGUAAAUACUUACCGACAUAUUUUAAAUGUUCUCCUCUCCAAAGUCGAAAUAUGUAAUAUGACCGGAUGAGAAUGAGUUAAUUGAAAUAGCUGUAUACGUUGGCGACAGAGUCAAA